CUUCGUUAUGCUGUUUGUUUUAUUGACAUUUCACAUUUCCUUGAGUGAAUGUUAUGGUCAUAAUUAAGCUAAAUUUAACAACACGCUGAACAAUGAAUAUUAAGUAAAAUUGUGAAAGAAUCAUGGCCGGUGUUGUACCGAAAAAAUCAGCAUCUGGUCGAAAACAAUGGACAUUACGUGAUAAUUCCCAAUAUUCCCUUAAAAGAUUAAGGAACCAGCUCGCAUCUGAUGGUUGUCCUGAGUCCCAAGUUGUAUUAGCUAAACAACUGUUGGAUGAAGAAUGUGAAGUUGAACCUGAUAAAAAAGAAAAUGCUUGUCUGGGAGUUUAUUGGCUAAUCAAAGCAUCCAAACAAGGCAACAUUGAAGCAACUAAUCUUCUAAAAUCAUGCCUUCAAAGCGGGAAAGGUAUUACAGAGCACAAUUACAUGGAUGUAAAAUCAUGUAUCAAUAUGACCCAGGAUGAGAAAUUGGCCCGAAAAGCUGCUAGAGAAAUGUUUGCAAGCCUGUCAAAUGGAGGAGAAUACAUAACAUCCUACCAAUUGAAAAGAAAGAUGUUAGCGAUCGACCGUGGGGAAACGUGCUCAAAAUCCACAGAAACUAACGACAUAGACGAAGAUAAUUGGGGACUGGGUAAAUUAACCAACGAGUAUGAGGAGUUCAGUAGCGAAUCUGAAGAAGAAACAGACUGGUCACAAAGAUCGGAUAGUACCAACGAAAAACUAACCGAGGAUCAUCUACUAGCAGCCGCUGUCGACUACUCACAUGGUCAGUUACCGGAGGUCAAUCGGAUAUUAAGUUUGUCCAACCCGGACCUAAAAGCUUUAGACCAUAUUCCGUACGUUCAUAGGUCCAUACUACAUCCUUUGUUGGUUUUAAAAAUACUCUAUUUUAAAUUGAUUCAAUUUCUAGGGCAGAAGACUUGGCCGCUCUUAGGUCCUCUAGUCAAAUCCGAACUACAAAUUAUGCUGUUAUUGAUAGUUUACGUAUUUUUUAGUUCCGAUAAUGUUUUGUAUAUUUUACCGAUGUUGUUGUAUUACAUUUCGUUCGCGGUAAUGGUUUGUACGACGUUUCAAAUGUUGCAGAACCAAAAAGAGUUCACAGAUUUUCGACUGUGGUCUGGAUUGUUCAUUUGUUACUCCGGCGGUAACUUGAACGCAAGUGAAACCGAGUACCAAUAUAUCAGAAACAAUAUGAAGCCUUACGGUCAGUUUUUUGUAAGCCUUCUAGUGAAUUUGUUUGUCUAUUCUUUUAUUUCUGAGCAGUGGAUUCUACAAUCUGAGUUAACUAUAAUUUCAUUCCUGCUAACUUUCAUGACACUGUUGGGUUUCAUGUCAAAAGUAAGAUCCAAAAUGGUGUUUGAUAUGUCAGUGUUGUUCAGCUUUGCAAUAAACGUCUUAGCGAAGUACCCGUAUGAUACAGACCCAGUAGUAACUCAAGGCUGGAGAUUCCUAGAGCUAAAUGUCCCAACUUUUCCCAGUUACAUAAUCGGAAACGGUAUAGAGUUCUGCAUUAGUUUCAGGUUCAUUCUUUAUGCUUGCAUACCUCUCAUAUUCCUGAAAAUAGCUCACAAGCAAAACUGGAGAGGCACUUAUAAAACUCUGAUACCUCAUUGCGUAACUUUAAGUUGGUUGCAGAUCUGCAUCAUCAGUUCACAAGGCGCCACUAUGUUUGGUUUCUUAAGAGGAACUCUCGCUCUGGUCGGCGCAGUUCUAUUCUUACCGUUGGUAGGCAUUACUAGCGUUAUUCUGCCGGUAGCAGCUUUAACGAAGUGGAUAAUCACUUCUAAUUUUAUUUACACUAUUUGUAUAUUUGUUAUUUUAAGUACUUUAGGGCUGGGGAUAUGCUACGUAUGUGCCCAGACAAGAUAUAAGAAGUAUACAGCUAUAAUACAGAUCGUACUGAUGGUUUUGGCGUUCUUUAUACUAAUAAAUUCUUCGAAAGAACACAUAAGCUACUACGACGAUGAAGAGAAGUCGUCACAGGUAAUGAGCUGGGAGAUAUACCAAACGUUUUGUCAUCAGCCCGUUUGGCAAGAAGAAAACAUCGCCUUGUCUCAAAUAAAAUGUGUUGAUCUAGAAGGUGUCACCAUACAGUGGAAUGGCUACAUCAGUGAAAUCAAAUUGAGGUCAGUAUCAAAUAGAUACAAAAGUAUAUUCGAUAAAUUGCCAAAAAGUCUCUCCGAGUACUUUUAUUGUAUGUAUGGCGAAGAAAACAAAUCGGACUGCGAUCGAGUACCAGAAAUAGCCAGAGACAACUGCCUGGCAUUCUACGACAUCGUAAGCUCUGUAAAUAAAUGCACAUUGCAGAAAUACAACAAAUACACCUUUGAAAUUACAUUGAAGAUGCACUCAGGCAUUUGGGCCAAAGCCACGGAGCUCACUCUAGUCGUUAACGAGUACUUCCAAGACUUCGUACUCAAAUUGAAACCCACCGACCAUAUCAGAUUCAAGGGCAAGUUGUUUAACAACGAGGCUGACAGUUCGGAUGCAAUUUUGGGCGGUUUUAAAACCGCACGUGCAAUUGGAAGAAUUGAGUUGUUCGUCCUGUCAAGAUAAUACGCUCGAUGAAAUGAAACUAACUUACGAAUCUAGUAUUAAUAUUUAUAGUGUGAUGAAUUGUGCCCGCGUUGGCGUUAAGUUUAUAUUGAAUGUUAUUUUUAGGCCGUUUUUGAUCUUUAAGUAAUUCCAAUAAAUGUUAAUAGACUAAUAUUAA